AUGGCGCCCAACGACGAUGUUGAGCGCCCACGCGCGUCCAGCGCCGCUGAGCGGCAAAAGUCCAUUGUCUCCAUGACCGAGUUCGAGGGCAUGGAUGAAUACACCGCGCUCCAGAAGUACAUCCUCUUCUACCGCGACACCCGAACCAACCCUCACGCCGAGCCAUCCCAGAAGAAGAAGGCCUGGUGGCAGUUCUGGAAGUCGGGCUCGCCCACCGCCGCUGUUCCCAUCCAGGAUGCCGGCGCUGUCCCUGACGACUCGCCGUUUUCAGCACCGCCCACAGCCUGCGUCGCCAAUCUUCCCUUAGCUGAGUUUUACCUCGACAUUUGGUGGCUGGCGCUCGCAUGGUCCGCGCUCAAGCUGCACCCUGCUAGCAACACGAUAGCGGCAGAAUUGGUGGAGCCAAUCAUGCAACCCGGCUCCACCAAACUACCCGCUUACCUCAACACUGAGCUCCGAACUGGUCUUACCUCGUCCGACGUUGAGCAGCGUCGCAAGCGCUAUGGUUUCAACGAAAUCUCUUCCGAGAAGACCAACCUUCUCAAGCAGUUCAUCGGUUACUUCACUGGUCCCAUUCUCUACGUCAUGGAGCUCGCUGCUCUUCUCGCCGCUGGUCUUCAGGAUUGGAUCGAUUUCGGUGUCAUUUGCGGUAUCCUGUUGCUCAACGCCAUUGUCGGUUGGUACCAGGAGAAGCAGGCUGCCGAUGUCGUCGCUUCGCUCAAGGGUGAUAUCGCCAUGAAGGCCGUCGUCGUUCGUGACAACCAGCAACAAACCAUUCUCGCUCGCGAGCUUGUUCCCGGUGACAUCGUCGUUAUUGAGGAGGGUCAGUCCGUCCCCGGUGACGCCCGUCUUAUCUGCGGCUACGACCACCCUGAGGACUUCGACUUGUACAUGAAGCUCAAGGCUGAGGACAAGUUUCACGACGCUGACCCCGAGGAUGAGAAGGAUGACGACGUCGAUGAGGAGAAGUUCGAUGAGGAGAACCCCAUCACUCAGGGCCACCCUCUCGUUGCUUGCGAUCAAUCGUCCAUCACCGGAGAGUCUCUCGCUGUCGACAAGUACAUGGGAGAAGUCGCUUACUACACCACUGGUUGCAAGCGUGGCAAGGCCUACGGUAUCGUCAUCACCACUGCUAAGCACUCUUUCGUCGGUCGCACUGCUACCCUCGUCCAGGGCGCUCAGGACCAAGGUCAUUUCAAGGCUAUCAUGAACUCCAUCGGAACGGCGCUUCUCGUCCUCGUCAUGUUCUUCAUCUUGCUCGCCUGGAUUGGUGGUUUCUUCCGUCACAUUCCCAUUGCCACCGCCCGCGAGGGAACUGACAAGUCCGUCACCCUUCUCCACUACGCUCUUAUCAUGUUCAUCGUCGGUGUCCCCGUCGGUCUUCCCGUUGUCACCACCACCACCCUCGCUGUCGGUGCUGCUUACCUCGCUGAGCAGAAGGCUAUCGUCCAGAAGCUUACCGCCAUUGAGUCGCUUGCCGGUGUCGAUGUUCUCUGCUCUGACAAGACCGGAACCCUUACUGCCAACCAGCUCUCUCUCCGUGAGCCUUACGUCGCUGAGGGCCAGGACGUCAACUGGAUGAUGGCUGUCGCUGCUCUUGCCUCUUCCCACAACCUGAAGUCGCUCGACCCCAUUGACAAGGUCACCAUUCUUACCAUCCGCCGCUACCCCAAGGCCCGUGAGAUCCUGAACAUGGGCUGGAAGACUGAGAAGUUCACUCCCUUCGACCCCGUCUCCAAGCGUAUCACCGCUGUCUGCCACAUGGGUGGUGACAAGUACGUCUGCGCCAAGGGUGCCCCCAAGGCUAUUGUCAACCUUGCCAACUGCGACGAGGUUACCGCUACCCUCUACAAGGAGAAGGCUGCUGAGUUCGCUCGCCGUGGUUUCCGAUCUCUCGGUGUCGCUUACCAGAAGAACGACGGUGACUGGAUUCUUCUCGGUCUCUUGUCCAUGUUUGACCCCCCUCGUGAGGAUACCGCCCAGACUAUCAUUGAGGCCCAGCAGCUCGGUGUCCCCGUCAAGAUGUUGACUGGUGACGCUAUUGCCAUUGCCAAGGAGACCUGCAAGAUGCUUGCUCUCGGUACCAAGGUUUACAACUCUUCCAAGCUCAUCGGCGGUGGUCUCACUGGUACUACCCAGCACGACCUUGUCGAGCGCGCUGACGGUUUCGCCGAAGUCUUCCCCGAGCACAAGUACCAGGUCGUCGAGAUGCUUCAACAGCGUGGUCACUUGACUGCCAUGACUGGUGACGGUGUCAACGAUGCUCCUUCCCUGAAGAAGUCUGACUGUGGUAUCGCCGUCGAGGGUUCCACCGAGGCUGCUCAGGCUGCCGCUGAUAUCGUCUUCCUUGCCCCUGGUCUGUCCACUAUUGUUUUGGCCAUCAAGACUUCUCGCCAGAUUUUCCAGCGUAUGAAGGCCUACAUCCAGUACCGUAUCGCUCUCUGCCUCCACUUGGAAGUCUACCUUGUCACCUCCAUGAUCAUCCUCAACGAGACCAUCCGCGCUGAGCUCAUUGUCUUCCUUGCUCUCUUCGCUGAUUUGGCCACCGUCGCUGUCGCGUACGACAAUGCCCACUCCGAGCAACGUCCCGUCGAAUGGCAACUGCCCAAGAUUUGGUUCAUCUCCGUCAUCCUCGGACUCCUCCUCGCUCUCGGUACCUGGAUCGUCCGUGGUACUCUCUUCAUCCCCAGCGGAGGUAUCAUCCAGAACUUCGGUGCUAUCCAGCCCAUUCUGUUCCUCGAGGUUGCUCUUACUGAGAACUGGCUCAUCUUCGUUACCCGUGGUGGCAAGACCUUCCCCUCGUUCCAGCUGAUCGUCGCUAUUCUCGGUGUCGAUGCUCUUGCGACCAUCUUCACCCUGUUCGGCUGGAUGUCUGGUGCUCCUUACCAAACCAACCCCCCUACCAUCAACAGCAGGUUCCGUGACGACGGAUGGGUCGACAUUGUCACCGUUGUCGUUGUCUGGGCCUACUCCAUUGGUGUCACCAUCAUCAUUGCUAUCGUCUACUACCUCCUUAACCGCAUCGCAUGGCUCGACACCCUCGGCCGCAAGGACCGUAGCCGCAAGAACCCUGCCAUUGAGAACAUGAUUGCUGCCCUUAGCAAGCUGUCUCUCGAGCACGGAAAGGACAAGCACGGCACAACCCGCUACGUCCUUGCUCCCCGCGCUGUCGAGGAGGAGGACGAUGACUAA